AUGUCUUCCAGUCCCACCCUCUCUCUAGAUCUGCACAAUGAAUAUGUGUAUUCUUUUCCCUCUAAUACAUUUACCUCCCUCUUCCCCCCCUCUCUCUCUCUCUUUCUCUCCGUGCAUAGAUCUGAACAAAAAUUGGAACGCAUACCUUUUCUUUCAUGCAGUCUGUCUUCUCUUUCCCCACCCUUUUCUCUCAUUCACUCUGACUCGCUCUGUAUAGAUCUGCACAAAGAAUAUAUCUGCACAAAGAAUGUACACGUUCUCUCUUUCCUCUCUAAUGCCCUCUAUCCUCUCUCUCUCUCUCUCUCUCUCUCUCUCUGUAUAGAUCUGCACAAAAAAAGUAUGCAUGUCUUCUUUUCUCUCUUAUGCAUUCUAUCUUCUCUUUCACUCCGUACAUCUCUUUCUAAUGCAUUGUAUUCUCUCUCUUUCUCUCACACACAAAAUGGUAUACACUCUUUUUCUUCUCAAAUGAGUUUUAUCCUCUCUUUCUAUACUUAUAUCCUCUCUCUAAUUAAUACUUUUUCUUUAAUACCUUUUAUCCUUUAUCUAUCUAUCUAUCUAUCUAUCUAUCUAUCUAUCUAUCUAUGUCUCUUAAUACUUUAUCUAUCUAUCUAUCUAUCUAUCUAUCUACGUCUCUUAAUAUCUAUCUAUUUAUAUAUCUAUCUCCAAACUUUUUUUCGUCUGCUUUUGCUCAUUUACAACUAA